AUGGCUGAUCCAGCGGGAAUGAGCCCGAGGUCUCCUGCGGUCAGAAGAAGUAGGGACGGGUCAUUGAAUGAGUAUCCUCCUCCCCACUUAUCUCAACCGCCGUAUCAUCUCCCGUCUUCAAGUUCGAGCCCUAAUCACUCGCCGCAUCAUCAGCAUCAUCGAUUACCCUCGCCGCAUCAACCGCCACAACAUAUCUCACAAUUACACGCACACGCAACCUCCCAAAAACGAGCGGCUACUACACCCUCUAAGAGCUCAGGUCCGAUAGAUGUGGGAACGAGUCUACCUCCUCCUGUUCCUGGCCCUGGGCGAGCCAGACCAAGUGAGGUAUCCAGGGGUAGAAGUUCUACGACAAGUGGUCGUUCCGACCAGGGGUCACUACACCGUCAGUGGAAUCAUUAG